GGCUGCCGACGACAGCCCGUGUGAGGCUUGCAAGCAUAUGUCAUGACGUUGGAAAGAAACUGAAGCUCCUUCUGUCGAUGACACGGCGUGAGCUCAUUCAAGAACGACUCGUGUAGUUUCCCAGGUUCCAUAUAGCGUUCAUCGUGCCGAUACAUCACCGGAAAAGUGUCGAAGACGCGCUUUAAAUAGAGAUCAUGACACUUCUCCCAGACAACGCUCAGCUGCCUGCCCUCGUCCACAAACAUCAGAAAAGAACCUUCAAAAUAAUCAUAAUCGGCGAUUCCAAUGUCGGCAAAACUUGUCUCACGUUCCGAUUCUGUGCGGGGAGAUAUCCCAAAAAGACAGAGGCUACAAUCGGUGUUGACUUCAGGGAACGAACGCUUGACAUUGACGGCGAGCAGGUUACGCUCCAACUGUGGGACACUGCGGGCCAAGAGCGCUUCCGCAAAAGUCUGGUCCAGCAUUACUACAGGAACGUGAAUGCUGUCGUGUUCGUGUAUGAUGUGACCAACCAGAGCUCCUUCGACGAGCUCCCUCUGUGGAUCGCUGAAUGCGAUACACAGUGUCCAGGCUCUAAGAUUCCACGAAUCCUCGUAGGGAACAAGUGCGAUUUGGCUGAUAAGAUAGUUGUGAAAACGAAUGACGCGCAACGUUUUGCCGAUCAACACAAUAUGCCUUUGUUCGAGACCUCGGCAGCUGACGACAGUCGCAGUGAUCACGUGGAGGGUAUUUUCUUGACACUAGCUCACAAAUUGAAAAAUUCCAAACCGAUGAUGUCUCCCUCAUCAUCUUCUUGGAGAUCAUCAUCGUCAGAGGACCGUUCGAGAGAAGUUGGUCUCAAGAUCGCUCUCUCCGGCUUUCGGGUAUCCAUGACGUGUUUUGAUCUUUGA